AUGAAUAAAACUAUAACAUUACCAAAUUAUAUUUUAUCAAUUAUUAUUGAAAAGGUCAGCGAAAAUGAACCAACUAUUUAUUGUUUAGUAAAACUAUCAUUGGUAUGCAAGAAAUGGGGUACAACUAUAAUACCAUAUCACUUUUGUUUUAUUAAAUCAUGUAAUUUAGAAAAUAUUUUAAGAUAUAUAACCAAACCAAUUAUAAAAAAUGGCAGAGAAUGUAAAUUUACAGAUAUUUAUUUAACCAGGCAACUAAUUCAGCAAAAUAAUAAUAAUACUAAUAAUAACCAUGGAACAACCUCUUAUACAACUUCAACUUCAUAUAGCAAUAAUAAUAAUUUUAAAAACACAGAGAUAUUAACACCAAGAGGAUAUCAACUGCUAAAUGGGAAAUUACAACAACUAUUAAAUGAAUGUAAUACAAUCCAAUCAUUAAGUUUGGUAAAUUAUAGUUUAGAUUGUGAAAAUCAGUUUGGUCAAAAGCUAUCGGAUAUUUUACUCAACUAUAAUCAUUAUAAUAUUAUAAAAUUAGAACUGAUGAAUUUAGAUCUAGUUUCAAAUGGUUCAAGUUUUAUUAUAUCAUCGCUAAAAAACAAUAAUUGUUUAACCGAAUUAAACCUAAGUAGAAACUAUUUAAGAGAAAAAGAUGGAAUCCUUUUAGGUGACACAAUUCGACACAACAAAACAUUGAAAAAACUCAACCUGAGCUUUAAUGAAUUCAAAACAUCUGGAUUAAAGUCCAUCUUAGAAAAUUUAGCAUACAAUAAUACAGUAACAGAGUUAAAUUUAGAAGCAACAUGUAGAAUAGAUUCAAUAAUGACAAACUUUAGUAUAUCACCUCCACUAACACCAGUUAUUCAAUAUAACCAAGUAACAAUUAACAACAACACAACAACUAGUAACAAUACCAAUAAUAAUAAUAAUAAUAUCAUGAACAGUAGUAAUAACAAUAUCUCAUUUCAAAAUAGCCCUAUAAAUAACAAUAUUUUGAUUUCAAUAAAUAAUAACUUUAAUAACUUUAAUAACAAUUUAAAUUUAAAUUUCCUAUCACUAAACAGUCCUACACACAAUCUAAACCAGUCUUUAUUAGGAACCCCACCUGCAUCAAAUUCAUGGAUGAUGGGUUCAAGUGGAACAGAUUUUCAAUUCUCAUCAGCAAACCAUUGGAUACCUUCCUCACCCUCAUCAAAUUCAAUAAACUCUAAAUUUAUAGAUUCACUAAAAUCCCUCAUUGAUAAUAAAACUUUAAAAUAUUUAAAUCUCAGUCAUAACACCUUUGGAAAAGGGUUUAAUUUAGGUUUAGCAGAACCUAUUCAAUAUAACAAAUCUUUAACUCGUUUAGAUUUAAAUUAUUUAAAAUUAGAUGAUGAAUGUGGGAAAAAAAUUGCAAGAGCUUUAAAAGCGAAUACCUCACUUAAAUCACUUAGCUUAAUAUAUAAUCAACUCGGCAAAGAUACUGGUAUAGAAAUGGGAAUUAGCUUAUCGUUCAAUCAAACAUUAUCGGAAUUAUAUUUAUCAAACAAUCUAUUACCAGAGGAGGUGGGAUACGAAUUUGGAAUAAUGUUAAAGGUUAAUUCAAAUUUAAAACUACUCGAUCUAUCAGAUAAUUAUUUAGGUUUAAAUGGAUGUAAAAAUAUUUUUGAAUCUUUAAAAAACUCAAACAAUACUUUAAAGAAGCUUUAUCUCAGAAACAAUAAAAUAUUUGAUGAAAACACCACCACCACAACUACAACAACUCAUUCAUCUAAUAAUGACAACAGUAUCAACAUAAUGCUAAAAGACAACAAAUCUUUAAAAGUAUUAGACCUCAGCUACAAUAAUAUUCAAUUAAAUUCAUUUAUAAUGAUAUUCAACUCUUUAGAAUCCAAUAGUUCUUUGAUAAAUUUAAAUUUAUCAUUUAAUAAUCUUAUUGAAAAUCAGGCAAUUAAUAACCAACAACAAUCUCAACAAACUAUAGAUUUGAAUUUAAAAAAAUGCUAUCAUACUAUAAUCAAUAUUUUUAAAUUGAAUAAAUCUAUCCAACUUUUAGAUUUGCAAGGUAAUUGUUUUAAAGAUGAUCAUAUUAAAGAAAUCAAUAACUGUUUAAUAAAAAAUCAAAAUAACUUUUACUAUUUAAAAUCAUUCAAUACUAACAACUCAAACAAUAACUUUAAUAACAACUUCAAUUCAAACCAUUUUACAUCAAAUAAUGCAAACAAUUCAAAUAAUAAUAAUUUAAAUAAUAUAAAUAUUGUUGAUAAAAAGAAGAAAAAAUGGUUUAAUCUCUAA